CAACGGUUUCAUAGUGUCAACUUAACCUAUAUUAGUGACAAAUAGUUAAAAACGAUUAAAAAUAUUACGGAUUCAGUGUCACCAAGUGUCUAAAUUUAUGAAUAACUUUACUAAUAAAAUCCUUUUCGUGAUUUAAAAAUAUGUGACCAAUGCCACCACCCAUAGAGCCUCUUCUGAACCAAACUUUAUUUUCUGCUGCAUUGAAAAAGUGAAUUAAAUUGCCAGAAGCAAAGAUAAUAGUAUUUGUAUCAGCUACGCAAAGAUUGAAAUACUUUCGACAAUUAUAUGCAUACGAAUGACUGUUAAAUAUUAAGAAUUUAUAUGACAUAAGAAAAUAAGGAAGUGGAAAGGGAUUUAUUUAAUUCUUAUAAAGGAUACAAAAAUUCUAAAAUAUUUUGAGCGGCUGUCAAGUGGACUAAUACUAAUAUCGGGUGUCAGUAUAACUCAGUUUAAUCAUGAUUCGCUUCAUUCUUAUUCAAAACAGAGCUGGAAAAACUAGAUUAGCAAAAUGGUAUAUGAAUUUUGAUGAUGACGAAAAGCAAAAGUUGAUAGAAGAGGUCCAUGCAGUGGUAACUGUGCGAGAUGCUAAGCAUACUAACUUUGUUGAGUUUCGCAACUUCAAAAUUGUAUAUAGAAGAUAUGCUGGUUUAUAUUUUUGUAUUUGCGUUGAUGUCAAUGACAAUAACUUGUGUUACUUAGAAGCAAUACAUAAUUUUGUUGAAGUAUUAAACGAGUACUUCCAUAAUGUGUGCGAGUUGGACUUGGUGUUCAAUUUUUACAAGGUGUAUACAGUUGUAGAUGAAAUGUUUUUGGCAGGUGAAAUAAGAGAGACGAGUCAGACAAAAGUACUGAAACAACUUCUAAUGUUAAAUUCAUUAGAAUAAAAUUAUUCAAUGUUAUCUUAUUGUAUUAAUCAAAUCAUGAAUACAUAAAAAUAAAUUUCAUUAUGAACAA